CAACGAUAUAGAAAAAGUACUCUGCAGUUUGCUGUCAAGCAACCGGUCGAGUAUCGUAUCAAUUUAAGUCGACUCAAUUAGUUUUAUCUACCUAACACAAGUACAGAACAUAUUUUACAUGCAAUAGUUUGUGGCAGUGAUCAAAUUGAGCAUGAUGUGGGCUAGGGCCAUUAAACAAAAAUCCCAAAAUAUUAAAUCAGGGUCCUUAAGGGCUGCUAGUAGCCUGUUUCCUGGAGAACCAAGUGGUCCACAUGUCCAAACAGAAAUUCCCGGACCCAAAUCCAAAAAACUUCAUGCUGACUUAAACGCUAUUCAGCAAGCUGGGGCGGUUCAAUUUUUCGCAGACUACGACAAAUCCAUUGGAAAUUAUAUCGUAGAUGUCGAUGGAAAUGUUUUAUUGGACUCUUAUACCCAAAUUUCUUCAGUUCCUAUUGGAUACAACCAUCCAGAAAUGCUUAAAGUAUUCGAGGACCAAAGCAACUUGAAAGCCCUGGUGAAUAGACCAGCCCUAGGAGUAUUCCCAGGUGCUUAUUGGCCCGAAAAACUCAGGAGCGUCCUUUUAUCAGUCUCCCCAGGAUUGCCAAACAUUACCACAAUGAUGUGCGGAUCUUGCUCGAAUGAAAAUGCAUACAAGAGUCUCUUUCUGUCCUACCAAAAAAGACAACGCGGUGAGACAGUCGAAUUUAGUCAAGAGGAAUUGGAAUCGUGUAUGAUCAAUAAGCCGCCGGGUGCGCCAAAUUUGUCCCUGCUAAGUUUUCACGGCGGGUUCCAUGGACGGACCAUGGGCACCUUGGCCACCACCCACUCCAAAGCCAUACACAAGCUCGAUGUGCCUUCAAUGGAUUGGCCCAUAGCGCCCUUCCCAAAAUACAAAUACCCCUUGGAGGAAAACGUUAGAGAAAAUAAAGCUGAAGAUGAAAAAUGUUUAGCAGAAGUCGAGGAAUUAAUUGUUAAGUGGAACAAGAGAGGUAUGCCCGUUGCUGGUAUUAUUGUCGAGCCCAUACAGUCUGAGGGUGGUGAUAACGAAGCGUCCCCUGAGUUUUUUCAAAAACUACAGAAAAUCGCACAGAAAUACGACGCCGGUUAUUUGAUUGAUGAGGUUCAGACAGGAGCUGGUGCUACUGGCAAAAUGUGGUGUCAUGAGCACUUCAACCUGGAAACACCUCCAGAUAUUGUUACUUUCAGUAAGAAAAUGUUGACUGGAGGAUUUUACCACAAAUCUGACCAAAGGCCCCAACAAGCCUACAGAGUAUUCAACACAUGGAUGGGAGACCCAGGCAAAGUAUUCCUCUUAGAGGCCUUUCUCAAAGUACUCAAACAACAAAAUUUGCUGGACAACGUGAACAAAACCGGUGAAAAAUUGAAAACCGGACUUCUUACAUUGGAAAAAGAGUUCUCUCACAUAAUCAACUCGAUACGUGGAAGAGGUACUUUCCUAGCGUACAACGCAGCCGACGCAAAAUUAAGGGACAACUUAAUUGCCAACUUAAAGAAAAAAGGGGUUUUGGCUGGUGGAUGUGGCGAGAUUUCAGUACGGAUGAGGCCCGCUUUGGUGUUCCAACCUCAUCACGCUGAUAUUCUUUUGGAACGUUUAAGAAGUGCUUUAAAAGAAUUUUAAACACCCAACAAUAUAAUGUAAAUACGUUUUUAUUAAGAAAAUAUAGGCUUUAAAAUGUAUUCUCAAUUUAUAUACUAUAUAAAAACCCUGUAUUAUUGUAUCAUGUAAUGUUUUUAGUGAUCGUCCAUAGGGGAAGGGAUCUAGCAAAACGUAACGAUUUUUCAUAUAUACUCCUUAAAAAAUAAAAGUUAUUACUUUUUCGAA